AUGAGCGCACGCGGGGAAGGCGCCGGGCAGCCGUCCACUUCAGCGCAGGGACAACCUGCCGCCCCGGCGCCGCAGAAGCGAGGACGCGGCCGACCCAGGAAGCAGCAGCAAGAGCCAACUUGUGAGCCCUCUCCUAAGAGACCCAGGGGAAGACCUAAAGGCAGCAAAAACAAGAGUCCCUCUAAAGCAGCUCAAAAGAAAGCAGAAGCCACUGGAGAAAAACGGCCAAGAGGCAGACCUAGGAAAUGGGUCAUAGAUCACUUUACCUGGAAGCGCCAUUCACACUUCCACUUUGGCACUGCAGCUGCAGCACACUUUAUUCUUCAGACUUCUUCCAGUGGUUCUCGGGCCAGUGUUUCACAGAAUGUGGAUGUGAGUACAGAAGAGGAACCCUUGAAGGGCUCUGUGCUGCAGAAUGCAGGCGGUCUAGAGGGUGGGGUUCUAGGUGGCAUCUUCCGUCCUUGGGUCUCAGGAAGCAUUACCUCUGAGCAGUUACCACCCAAAUGGGGUCCACCCUGCCUAAAAAGGAAGGCUACCACCACAAAUCAGGCCAUCCACACCAGGGAUGGCACCUCCACUGUCACUUCUAUUGCUACAGCUGUCACCAAGGCCACCUUCCUAGUGCUCCCUAAUAGUGUUCGUUCAGUUCUUAUGGCUAGCAGUUGUGUGGUGGACUGUAGUAGUGUGCACCUUAUUUGA